AUGCUGCGCGAGAUUUUUGUUAGUUUUAUUCGUGUUUGGAGUCGCAGAAGAAAUCUUGAUGAGCGGCCUGGCGAGGUUUAUAUCAACAGCCGAGCGCAGGCAGAUUCACAGCUGGCCCACGCAAGCACCACUUCUAUGCAAGAGCUCAAUGGCGAAGACAUGGCCGACCAGGUGUGGUACGAAAAUCGAAGCGGGAGAGUUUCUGCAGAUUCGGUGGCUCACCACGAGUUAAAUCACCUCACUGAUCCUCUUGAGAGCGCCGCCUCGACCUUGACCUCCCACAUACAGCCGGGGAGGCAGGGCGUUAAGGUCCGCCGUCUGGAAAUCGGCACAGACGUCGAUGACAUAUACUGCAUAUUUUGUCUCGCCGAGAAUGGGAAUCCUACCGACGAGAAUGUAAUUCUGCAGUGUCGACGCUGCCAAGCAUUGUCACCUUUGAGUUGCAUGGAGGAGUGGUUGAAGCAAUGCAGACCUGAGAUGCACGAGUCAUGCUGCGCCUGGUAA